AAUUUCCCAAAUUAUGGCUUUCCAAGUAAAUUCAGUUGGCCUCAUCAGUUUGAUCAUCCUUCUUCUUCUGCCAUUCAUUUCGACCGGUCCGGUGGCUAAACCCGGAUGCCCGGACCGGUGUGGGAAGCUAUUGAUUCCAUAUCCAUUUGGAAUCGGGCCGGAUUGCUCCCUCGACCCGUCCUUCAACAUCAGCUGCAUAACAUCCACUUCAACGGAUCCUCCAAAAGCGUACAUCACCAUUCUUGAUAAAGAAGUGAUCGAAAUAAGUGAAACUUACGUUCGGGUCAAGUACCCGAGCUUCGUGGCGACCACUUGCUACGAUGGCUUGCGGGAAUAUGAGAAGCACGGUGCGCCCCUGAAUCUGUCAGGGACUCAGUACACGCUGUCGUGGGAGAACUUGCUCACCGCCAUCGGCUGCGACGAUAUGGUGCUGGGAACUCAACAGACAGACGGCGGUACCAGUUUGGCGGGGACCAGCUGCGCCUCGUUUUGCACCGGCGGCGAGGGCUACUGCCCCGAUAACGGUUUCUUGACGGUGCUCGGCAAUGGUUGUUGCCGUGCCGGCAUUACCGGAGGUCAUUUUCAACCUCUCUCACUAUAUUUCUUGAGCACUCCCAAUGCACUCGGCGAUAAAAACCAGCGUUUUAACGCCGGGUAUCGCCGAGUAUUCGCCGGCAAUGGGGAGAAGUCGGCGUUUUUCCGGCGUUAA